AUAGCUAUGUUUCAGUAUUAUGACACGUGCAAGUAUGGCAAACACGCUGACCAGUUUGAACCAAUUUAGCAACAACUCAACUCCAACUACGAGCACAACGGCAAGCAAUGUCAUUACAGUUGCUAAAUCAACGCAUAAUAAACGCCCGCCCAUCAUCAUUUACCCCACCGUAACACCGGAGUCUAUAGUUAUCCCUAUUGUAUCGUGUAUUUUUGGCUUUCCACUGCUAGCUUUGACUGUGAUAUGCUGCUUACGACGAAGAGCUAAGCUUGCCAGAGAACGGGCACGUCGACGUAACUGUGAGUUGGACCGUGGGGAAUUAUCAGUGGUGCGUCUGUCUCCGGUAAAGAGCAGGCCCAGGGCCGUGAGCCUGGUGAGGUCUCCCAGGCCACCACCCACACUCGAGCUGGACACAGUAUUGGAGGAACGCUCCGAUCCUGAACAAACAACGCUAUCACAAGUGGAAAUAACGCCAGAUCGCGAAGUGGGGACUAUUUUGUUCAGUGCAAUAGGCGCUGUAGGUACGGCUGCUGUGACCGCUGCGGCCUGCGCUCGAGACAGCUAGCGGCGCGGCUCAGCGCAGCUCGGCGCCCGAUCGCCGCUCUGGGCCGCGCUGACCAGCCAACCCCUCGACGACGAUAUCGAUGACGUCAACGACACGGACAGCUAGCAGGCGAUCGACGACCGCUCUAUCACCGAUAUAGGGGAGCACAUGAAAUUGUUCUUGGACAUUCCAUUACGAUUCUAAAUUCAAAGGGUCAUUGGAGCAAUUAUUUGUAGAUAUUUGAUAUUCGUCAGUGUAGAAUAAUGAGUGUGUUCUUACAAUUAAGGAUAAAGCUUAACGUAUACCAUAUUAGAAUAAAAAGCUGUUUAUACCUAAUAUGUAUUAUCUAUCUACCUUCACUAAGGAAACAUAAGUCCAAAACAACGUAAAUUAAAUGACUUAGAUAUAUUGUCAAUAAAUUUUUAAACAUAAAAAGCUUCAUAUCAAGUAGAUAUUUACAAUGUUAAUCUUCUGCACAAUGAGGAACAAUUAUUUACUACGUAAGUAAAAGGUCGCUUUGUUUGUAAUAAAUAAGUACAUGUUCAAUAAAAUGUAUAAAUUUAUUAUAUUUAUACAAAAUGGAUCCACAAAUUAGAUUAUUUAGGAAAUUGCCUUUUAAACUUAGAAAAGUAGAACUUAUAAUUGUAUCAUUGUAGUACGAGUAUAAUAAUUAAUUGUUACUAGGUGAAAUUCCUAUAGUUUUAUUUAAUUUUCACAUAAUGUAAAGUGUGAGUCAAAAUUAUGGUGAUGUUAUUUAAAACGAAACAAUUAAAGGAAUUAAGUUAUGCAAUUAAAUGUUUUGGCUUC